UAACGGCCUUCUGGAAAACUCAGCGCCCGUGCAUUACACACAUAAGGAGUUAAUUUCCUAUCGAGUCACUGAAUGGAGUGAGCUAAUGUGAGGAAUCUGUCCGCCAUUUGUGAGUUAGUAUGAGCUGAGUGUGUGAGAUAAAGAGCCGAAGAAGAGGAAGAAGAAGAAGAAGAGGGAAAGAAGGAAAGGAAAAAAAAAACGCCCGUUCACGCGCCCCUUUCCUUCUCUGGUGCGCGCGAGGGAAACUUUUUCACAAGCCGUGUGCACUUCUGAGAGCGAGAGACGCGCUCGCGCUCUAGACCUCGCGCUCAACGCAGACGCAGAUACCGACAGCAGCACUCCGUAUUUCACACGGCUUGAGUUUAAUCUGAGGAAUAAUGUCUUUUUAAUGUCAAUUACACAACGGUUUCUUCAGGUAAACCAACGAGGAACGAAAAUAAUAAGAUUAAAAAAGAAAAGGAAAAAAAAAAACGACGUGUAAUUCCUGUUAAAGAUGGAAAGCGAGAACAGCGACUACAGCAACGGUCCCGAGGAAGAGGUCCGGACUCUGUUUGUCAGCGGGUUGCCGUUGGACAUCAAACCCCGUGAGCUUUACCUGCUCUUCAGGCCAUUUAAGGGGUAUGAAGGGUCACUGAUUAAACUGACAUCAAAACAGCCGGUCGGCUUUGUGAGCUUCGACAGCAGAUCCGAGGCUGAAGCAGCCAAGAAUGCCCUGAAUGGAGUUCGCUUCGACCCGGAGAUCCCUCAGACUUUACGGCUGGAGUUCGCCAAAGCCAACACCAAGAUGGCCAAGAGCAAACUGGUAGGGACGCCCAACCCCCCUCCAUCUCAGCAGAGCCCCGGACCGCCUUUCAUCGGCCGGGAAGCCUAUGAGCUCACAGUUCCUGGUCUGUAUCCUAGCAACCCCGACGUGUGGGCAUCAUACCCGCUGUACCCCGCUGACCUAUCACACACCCUCGCGCCCGCUUUCACCUACCCCUCCUCCUCCUUACACGCUCAGAUCCGUUGGCUCCCUCCAGCUGACGUUCAGGGCUGGAAGUCCAGGCAGUUCUGCUGAAAUACAUGUUCCCUAUGUGUGAUGGUGGCUAAGGAUGGCCUUGAGCUGCUACCCCCCACCUCCCCCUCCAAUCCAUCUCUCUCUCUCUCUCUCUCUCUCUCUCUCUCUUUCUUUCUUCUUUACAAGAACCAAACCAGGGACCUCCAGACUCAUCCUUCUCAGUCAUGGACCACAGGUCACCACCUCUUCCUCCCGGGUUAAAAGAGCAAAUCAAGACCAGCCCUGCCUCCAUCACACAUUCCCCUCCACCCCCCCCCCCCUCCCCUUUCUCUACUGUUACACCACCGACACUUUUAUGGAAGGAGUGCACAUUCGCCUGCCUCUCUCUCUCUCUCUCUCUCUCUCUCUCGAUAUUCAACCAUAUUUCACAGUAUAUAUAAAUAUUUCCACUAUGCCCUGUGUUCCCAUUUUAGGGAUUCAUGCUCCCUGUGUAGGCACCAUUUAUAGGCAGCAUUUGUGCACUUACAGUAGGCACUCCACACAUUCUGUCCCUUCAGCUGUUGCCUGUUUCCAUGAAGGAUUGCAUGUGUGUGGCUGAGUGAAAGAAAUCCCAUAGUUCUCUGCGUGAGAGUAAAACGAAGAGAACUUUUAGUAAUGUUACUGAUAAGAAAACUUUAAAAUUUACAUUGCCGGACAUUUUUUAUUUAUUAUUUUAUUAAACUGGUGUUUAGUCACUAUUGUUGCUUCAACCAGAAUAAAAUUAUACACAAAAGCAGUUCAAUACAGAAAGCUGAAUCUGGAGAUUAUUAUAUUCAUUGAGUGAUAAAAGAUUAAAUAAUUUUUUUUUUUACUAAAUUAUACAUAGGCUUAUUCAAUAAUAUAAAAUAAUUUAUCAAUGUUUGGCAAUUUAUUAAACUUUAAGCAUUAAUGAACAAAAAACAAUAUCUAAAAAAAAAGAAUAAUUUUCAAUUCUGUAAACUUAUAUUUAACAUUUCUCUUAUUAUGAAAAAUUAUAUGAUGUAAUCAGUGCUUCUCGAUUCACAAAUCAUAUCGAUUUUAUUUUCCUUCAUUUAUUAAAUAUUUAAUGGUAAAUGUUUCUCGAGCGAUUAACUGUUUAAUAAAUUCACAAAUGUUUAUUUAUUAAGUAUGGACGGUUAAACAUUUGUGGAUUCAUUAAACGUUUAAUAGUAUUAAUAAUAAUUUAUUGAGUCUAAUAAUAAUAAUAGAAAUUUCUUUAUUUACUAAACAUGUAAACAUUUCUGAAGUCAGUAAACAUUACAUAUGAAUAACUAUUUAAUAAUAUUAAUUUUUCUACCAUAAACACUUAAUGUAAAAUACUUCUUAGUGUUAAAGUGUGUGAGUGUGUGUGUUUAUGUGUGCAGGCAAUUUUGUGUCACUCCUUCCAUUUAAUUGUCGUGGUUGUGUAUUAAUCAAUAUUAUCUUUAUAAUAACCGAUUUUAUCAUUGAUGUUGUUAUUUACACUGAUUCUAAUUAGCGAUCGAGUUGAAGUGUGACGUUAUCAGAGUGAUGAUGCUGUACAUUUUUAGACCUUUUGAAGCCGAAUACAGAAGUAUUUUUAUAAUCAGGUGAACGUUUUCUGUGUGUGUUGUGUAUGUGUGUGAGGAUCUCAGAGUCCUUACAUUUUCCUGCUUCAUUCCAGCUGCCAAAGACAAUCAGAAGGAAAUGACUUAUUGUCGAAUAAUAACAGUAAUACAUAUCAUGUAUUUCAAAACCAAAGACUUGGAGUGUGUGUGUGUGUGUGUGUGUGUGUGUGUGUGCGCACGCGCAAGUGCUGAUCAUCAGUUACAAUAUACAAGUUAUUCAUCGUACAUUACCAGGAAACACGUCUGUGAUCGUUUCAGGGAAAUAUUUAAUGCCGAUGUUUAUAAACUAAAGGGUUUAAAGGGGAUUUUUUUUUUAAGGUGAAAUGAUCCAAAUAAAACCACUUCCCUUGUGA